CAGUGUUGGCAGCAGAGGUUGACUGUCUCCCACAAGUGAGCAGUGAUGGACAAAUGAAGCUUCUUGAAGCAAUGAAGCUUUGCAACCAACUGGUUCUCAAAGCUUCAUGGUGGUUCAUUUGGUAUCAUGACAGUGUUAUGGUGUCUCUGUCAAAUAAUGUGUUAGUGGUUAAUAUCUUUUGAUGUAAAUAUCCCAUAAUAUAAUGUGGACAGCUGUGUCUUAUAAUCUAUUGUGAUUUAUCUCUGAACAAAUGCCAUUUUCAUGUCAAAUUUGGUAGGUGUUGGCUUAUAGUCGGGUGCGACUUAUAGUCCGAAAAUUACGGUAAAUGAGAGACAUGUUUUUUGGUGGGCAAUUUGUUUUUUAUUAUAUUGAAAAUUCAAUGGCACAUUCUUGAUAACUUUCCUUUCGUUAUGGGUUGUAAUAUAAUAUUGAGUUUGAAGAUCUGAACAUAUCACUUUGUGGUAGAGAGAAUUUUUGGGGGAGAUACGCGAAUGACUGCAGGAAAUUGUCAUGGAAUAACUGAUCAAUAAUUUUCAGAUUAUUGUUCGCCCAUCUCCUAAAAGAAAUAUCAGAUACUGAGGGGGGUGAAAGUCUGCAUUCCCAUUACAGUAAUCUGUACCACCCGUGAAAGGGCAGCAGCCCCUUUAACUCACUUUUGGACAGUUGACCAAAAUUUAAGGGGUGUUUUACCCACAUAUUUUUUAUCUGCACUUUCUUUAGGGUUUGUUUAUUUAAAAACACCAAGACAGCUAAUGGCAUAUUUGGCAGAGACCCACCUUUCAAAGCCACACAUACUUAAUGUCACAGUAAUAAUAGUGUGGAAGAUAAUAAUACAAGCCCUUUUGUUUGCUAAUGCUAGCAAUCCAUUCUUAGACUGUUAAUCGAUGGCUUGAUUAAAAAUAAAUAAAUAAAUAAAAAUAAUAAUGAUAGCUCCUGCAGCCCUGGUUAAAACAAGGCAAAAUUAGAUAUGUGUCACUUGCAAUGUAUGUUACCAAAAAAAAAAAAAAUUCUGAUUUACGCUCAAAGCCCUGGCGCAAAUAGUAAAAAUCUGCAAUCAAUUAAUGUAUAAAUUAGCUUCACAGUUGUUCUGUACAAUACAACACUGGCAUGGAAACAAGAAGAAAUACAUCCUUCCAUAACCUUAAAACAUCACAGUCAACUAAUUCAUUAAAAAAAAUUUCAAAUCGAUCAAGGCAAUUUGGUCAAAAUCUUUUGAGCGACACGUGAGUAUUAUGUGUUGCAACUUUUAAAGUGUUUAAUUUACCAGUCUCAUCAUUUUUUGCAUAGAAACUACAGUGCGACUUUUGUAAUUCACCUAGAGAAAAAAUUUCUGAGAUUAUUCACACAUUUAGGAUAUUCUAUAGUUCCUGGAAGACAGCUGAUCAAGAGGGGAAGUUUGCAAACCAGGGUUAGGGGGCUGAUUCAAAACUGUCGCCCGCAGGAUUCUUGCCGUCUGCAUAAAAAGGGAAACCAGACAACCUUCGAGUGUCUCUCUCAAGCAGAAAUUGUCCAGGAUGUCUCAUUCACACAAACUGUGUGCCUUCAUUGGAGCUUCUUUUCUGCUCCUGAGCUGGUGUGACUUUGUGGUCCUUGGAGAGCUCCACCAGGACUUCUCCAAAUGCCUGGAUUUCUUUCAUAGGCAAACGCCACCGAAGGGUGUCAUUGGAGCAGGAUACCAGCCCAUAUGCCAGCGCUUUGAAAACCAGUACCGCUUUGCUACCAUGUACCACCGUGAGCAUCGCACACCUUUGUAUUCAGCAUACAUAAUUAGCUCUGCGGAUGGGAAACGUCCCAAUUGCACCUGGAUGUAUGAGCCACAGUUGGCAUUCUCCCUCGCCAGCCCUGAAAUGAAACCAUUCAGCACACCAGUGGAUCAGAACGUGCAAGAGAGUCAAGCAGUACUUCAGGAUUACAAGAACUCCAACUACACCAGGGGCCACCUGAAUCCCAGCAUGCACCAAAAGACAAGAAAGGACCGCAUAGCCACAUUCACCCUUACCAAUGUUGUCCCUCAGCGGGCGGGCUCUAACUCAGGUCCGUGGAAUUCCCUGGAGAAAGAAGUCCUGAGGAAGUUCAAAGCCUUCUGCGAGGGACCAAUGUACGUGAUCACAGGAGCCAUGCCUUAUGCAAAUGAAACUCACUGGAUUAAUAACAGGAUGUCUGUCCCCGAGUACAUGUGGUCCGCUUAUUGCUGCCCAGUCUAUAAGGCCAAGAUCCCUAAGGAUGUGCGACCCCUGUUUCCAACAUACGCCGCUGUGGGCAGAAACGACCGCGAUAGUGGUGAGGAGAUCGUGCCAGUGAACCCCAAAGUGAGGACACCGUUGCGGGGCUACGACGUGAGGAAGAUGCCAUUGGACACCCUGGAGGGCAUCCUCGCACAAAGGCUGCACAUGCCCAUUAGUUUGUUUGAAGGGAAGUGUCAGUAACUGUUCAUCCUACUAACGAGUUUCUGUGGACAAAAUGUAUUUAGCCACUGAAUUUUCAUAAUUUCAUUGCUUAUCGUCUCACUUUUUUAAGAAUGUAACUAA